UCUAACAUGUUUGCUUUUAGUGUUGAAGGAUCUUUGGUGUUAUUUUUGCAUUCGUUAUCAAAGACAGCUGUUUAAUUCUCAUACAGCAGUUCAGUGACCUGUUUUACAUGGAUAUAAAGACGGGAACUGAGUGAGUGGUGUCAGACUGCAUCUUGCUGUCUAAAGAGGUGAUAUUUCACAAUGAGGCGUGCUGCAGCUUUUCUGGUGUUGUUGCUCUGUCUGUACUGGACAAGGGCUCGGGGUGAGAGUGGAGGGGUGGGUGUCAAAUCAACCAGUGAUCAGACCAACAUCACCCCUGACAUCUGGGCUGAGCUGAAGGAGCUGAGAGACAUGGCCAUCCAACACAGUGUGGAGCUGACGAACACCAAGAGCAAGAUGGAGAAGCUGGAGCAGGAGAAUACAGCCAUACAGACCAGACUGACAGCCAGUGAAUGGAAGAAUGCAGUUUUGGAAAAUGUGGUCAAAGAGCUCCAGAGAGAGAACACAGAUCUUCUAGACAGAGUAACAUCAUUGGAAGAUCAGAACAAAGUGUUGGAGGCCAGAAUGAACGCCAGUGAAAACGAGGUGGAGGAGCUCAAGAGACAGAGUGCAGAUAUGAUGACCAGAAUGAACGCCAGUGAAAACGAGGUGAAGGAGCUCAAGAGACAGAUUGCAGACCAACCAAAGGUGGCGUUCUCUCUUGGUCUCACUGACAACGGACGUAUUGGACCCUUCAAUACUGACAUCACACUUAAGUUCAGUAAAGUCGUCACCAACUUUGGUCAGGGCUACAGUCCAACUACAGGUCUCUUCACAGCCCCAGUCAGAGGAGCCUACUACUUCUCAUUAACUCUACUGGAUAACCGGUCUGGUGUAAACACUCGUGUUUUUCUCUAUCACAAUGACAAGAAAGUGUUGACCAGUUAUAUUCACAAUGUAGAUGGCGCGGAAAGUGUUUCUAAUUCACUGGUUCUUCGGCUGGAAAAGGGGGAUGUGGUCUACAUGGUUUUACCUGCUGACCAUACUGCAUUCGAUGAUAGUCAUGCUUAUACUACCUUUAACGGAUUUCUGCUUUUUCCACUGUGAGACUCAAACAUGAGAAUUGAUUUACCCAAAUGUUUGGCAUAGUGUAUACGCAAGUCAUACAGUAUUCAUGUGUAUAUGAAAGGAUGCACAUUGUUGCUGUGUUGACUUUGCUCUGCAACAAACUACAUAUGAAAUAAAAGAAUGAAUAUGAGGUUAAA